AGAUUUGUGUUCUGUCUGCGUGGCGUUGGCUGCUACAUUCAUUCUUUGAUUGGGGGUUACGAGAGGAGCGGAUAGAGAGAGAUAAUGGGAAGAGUGUUUUUGGUGGAUUUGGGAAACAGGACACACUACAGAUGCCGAUUCUGUGAGAGUCAUCUUGCUCUGAUCGACGAUGUUCUCUCCCGGGUGGGUAAUGCAGAGAGCCAGAUGUAAUCAGGAAUGUUCAAUUAUAGAUUGGUUGGUGUCUACCUGGAUGUGGAUUGUGGACCCUUCUUCAAUGAAUGAUAUCUCAAUUCUGAUGGCUUCAACAGUCCAAUAAGAUUACACUGAAUGACAAAAAUGCUAAAUUGUAUGUAGAAAACCAUUUUUACCAGUUCUGGGAAAGUCGAUAAUUUGGGUACUUGUGAGGCAUCAGAGAUUUCUGAGUAGCCCCGGAAUUCAGAAAAGAUGAUGGUGUAUAUGGAUUGCUUUAUUGUCUAAAUAUUGGGUUCAUUAAGCUGCAAUUCAUGAGGAAGACACAUAAGCAAUAACAAAAUUAGAGAUGAUGUGUAUACUAUUUAGGCUUGUGCUAAUUGUGAACUUUGAGAAUGCUAUGAUUAAAAAUUGGAUGAAAUGACUGCUUUUGAGCGAGCAAAAUAUUCUUUUACUUGCAGUCGAGGGAGGGCAUUACUCUUCAAUAAAGUGGUGAACGUGACAGUUGGACCCCAGGAAGAGAGGAUCAUGAUAUCUGGUAUGCAUACUGUGGAAGAUGUAUUUUGCUGCUGCUGCGGACAGAUUAUUGGAUGGAAAUAUGUUACUGUGCAUGACAAAGAUCAGAAGAAGUAUAAAGAAGGGAAGAUUGUUUUAGAAAGAUGGAGGAUAACUGUAACUGGGCUCACUGAGGGAUUCAAUUUGGAUAACCAUUCUGGUUCAAGUGAUGCAGAAACACCUUAGAAAACUUCUGCUGACCUGUGCAAUAAUGGAUAAAAGUUGGAUAUUCACAGUAAUUCUUGAUCAUAUAUAUUAUAUAUAUAUAUAUGAAAUUUUUGGAAGUUAAAACAGAAGCUUGCACUUUGGCUGGUAGUAGGUUUAACAUUCUUUUCUAUGCACCAUGUUUGGGAGGGCUACAAAUCUUUUGAUGGAAUUUCUUGGUGAAGGUGGGGUGGUGUUAGACAUAUGGGUUUUUAAAUUAAUAGUAUCAUGUUAAUUUAAUGGUUUUCUUAAUUUCAUCUUUGGCUGCAUUAGACUGCACGAUAUAUACUAUUAC